CUAAUUACAUGCUAAUUAUAAGGUCUAAGACCAUAAUAGGCUCUGAGGUAUAGCAGGGAAGAAGUAUCAAGGUGCAAAACUGCAACACUCCAAACAAAGUGCAACUAUACAGUACCAGGUUCAAUGUCUUUAUUCAAAUGCAAGCUAUAGUGCUGAGCUGAGCUGAGUUCACACAUUAGAGCCAGUGAGAGUUUAAUUCAAUAUUGUGUCAAAACGUUUAACUUUCUUUUCUAUUUUUCAAUGUAUAACGGGUUUUCUAGAAAGGGCCACAACCGUUAGACUGAAUUUUUACAAUGUAAUAUUAUAACAUUGGUUUUAUAAUGAGAUGUUUAUAGGUGGUUAUAACCUUGGUGGGUGGUGGUUUAUUAUGUGGCUUAAUUGUUUAUUUAGGUGGAUCAGCAUGGACAAACUAAAGGAGGGUCAAAACAAUCCACAAAGCUGUGUGUUUGGCUCGAUGAGGACAAAGAUGGUCAUCCUCUGCCAAAAAGAUGUAGAGCUGGAGAGAAACGAAAGCGAGAUUCAGCUACUGUUUCUUCAGCAAGCGUUAAAAGCGUGUCCUGUGCUCCGUCUACCAGCACAACUGAAGACACUGUGAUCAUUGAAAAUUUUGGUUUUUUCCCUUAAUACUUGUUUCCUCAUUUGUUAUGUGGUAAUUGUCCAGAUUUAACAUUGCCUUCUUCCCUUUUAAUUUUCAGACUCCCUCAUUCAAGAUGUCCGAGACCUCUUGGGAAGUGGUGCUGAACAACCUUUCCCCUCAGACUGGAGGAACAGGCAAACUACCUCUCUGGAGAAUUGGACAGUAAUGAGGCCCUUCAUGGUGAACAAUAUGUUGUCAUCUGAGAAGCCCAAGGAGGGGGUUUGCCAUCACUGUGGACACAAGGCUGCAGUAGUGAUGUGUAGGGAAUGUUUACCGCGAUCACUCUACUGCACAGCCUGUGACCUUUCCACACAUGAGGCCCUGGUGCUUCAUAACAGAGCAUCCAUGGUGGAGGGGUUCUUCAGACACCUGCCGCCAUCCACUUUUGUUCAGCACAUGGGAGGGAAAUUCUCCUAUCAUGAAAAAGAUUGCAUGUUACCAAUCGUUCCUCCCUGCUGCGACUGCUCCACUGGGCAAACAAGCUUUUCCAAGGGAAAGCCAGUUAUUUUAAUUGGAAUGAAUGGAAGAUACAACCUCUUCCUUCCAUCAGUAAACUGCUCCUGUGGAAAAACCUUGCCAGUGACCAUAAGUGAUCUGGUUGAAAGUGGUUACUGGCCAGCCACUGUCAAUUUUGAGACCUUUUACUUGGUGGACUUGUUCACCACGUAUGAGGAUCUAAAAAUCACUGCCCCAGGGAUGUCGAGACAAGCUUUUGUCAGCAUGCUCGAGUGUCGUACAAAACUCUUCGGGCGAAGUGGUAAGAUUUGUGGGGACACAAUGCAGAGGGCCUUCCUCGAAUGGGCCUAUGCCAAAUUUGAGGUAGACAAGCUGUCUCAGGUCCAGCAUUUUCAGUGCCCUGCAUGCACACCCUCCAUGUUGGCAGUUGCAGUGGAUGGGAACCGCAAAUUAUAUCGUUUCAAAAGCCAACCAGGGCCUGAUGGGUUUUUUGAUGGAGUCUUUUUGGCCAAUGAUGCUGAGGUGUCCUCCUUUGUUGAUUACAUCCAUGGAACAACUGGACAUAAUCCAGGGAAAGGGAGAUGUGGUGCGGGUCAGUGGACCGCAGCACGAGAGUCUGCCAACAAGUCUGGAAGCAAACUAGACGAGGAAGGUGUUGAAGUUGCUGUCUGCCGUCAUGGGGUUUUGCUGAAGGGACUGAAUAUGUUCCGUGGAGAAAUAUUUGCAUACCCAUUAUAUCUCCAGAAACAGCUAGCUUCACAGACCGUCAGUUUUUUUUGCUCUGAUGUGGUCUGCAAAUAUUGGCCAUAUCUGCAGAAAGUUGUGGACCACUGUCCAGAGUUGGAGGACUUGCUGAACAUGCGCCCAUUUCUCUCCAUCAUGCAUGCAAAAGCGCAUUCAUGGAUGUGUGAGUUAAAAUGGGGGGGACGCAAUCAAGAAGGAGCUGGAACAACAAUCGGGGAGGAGGUUGAACAGGUUAACAGCUUCCUCUCUCGAGCAGCCAUAUGUUCAAAGUACAUGUCAAAAGCCGUUCGCACAGACAUGCUAACAAUCCAGGCAAGUGGCUGGAACAAGCGAAAGGCAGAAAACCUUGACCGGACACUGGCCAAAAGAUACAUCAAGACUGUACAAAGGAUUGCAGAGGCAACAAAGGACCUGGAGAAACUCACAGCUGAGUUAUCUCUACAGCAAGACACAGUCCAGCAGUGGGUGUCUGAUGUUCAGCAGUGGACCUCAGGAGCAACAAUCCAAAAUGACCUGCAGAGGACCAUCGAGGGGCUAUAUUUGGGCAUCAAACAGCGAAAAUUUCAGCAUGUAUCGUCAGUCUGGUGGGAACAAGCGAAGGCAUCAACUGAGAAGAAAGAUUGCUGUUGAGAAGAAAGCCUUGGAAGUUGCCAUCAAUGACCACAAUGCUACUGUGGGGGAAGUUGAAAAACUGCCUCCUCCCAAUGAACUCCUGGCUGUGGACAACUAUUCCUGGCCAUGGGAAUGUAAGUACUUCCUCUGAAAUGCACUGAAUACAAAUUGUUUGAUGCACACAUCU